AUUCUAUCAUUGGCCAGUUGACACAUGGGUGUGGCUGUGUACAAAUUUUGUAGGAAGCAUAUUGAAUGGUUUCAUAUCAGCGUUUUUAUAGACGAUAUCCGAAACUACCUGUAAUAAUUGAUGGACAUGGAUUACACAGCAACCCAAAGUGUGUUCAGACAGCGUAAGUUAACGUACGUUGGUCAAACUAUUGAUCCCGAAAUGAGGAACACGUCAAUGGAUGGGACAGACCCCAGCCAGCUGUUUGAUGACACCAGUGCAGCGCCGGGUGUGCAGCCCACUGGGUUCCAGGGCCAGGGUGUUGGGGCGAUGGGUCACCCCGGCCGGACCCUCCUCUCAGACCCUAUGUCCAACUUGGCCAUGGCUUACGGGAGCAGCCUGGCCAGCCAGGGCAAGGACUUGGUGGACAAAAAUCUGGAUCGUUUCCUCCCCAUCUCUAAGCUGAAAUAUUACUUUGCUGUGGACACAGUUUAUGUGGGCAAGAAACUCGGCCUGCUAGUCUUCCCCUACAUGCACCAGAACUGGGAAGUGAGCUACCAACAGGACACCCCAGUGGCUCCACGCUUUGAUAUCAACGCUCCUGACUUGUACAUUCCAGCAAUGGGUUUUAUCACAUACAUCCUGGUGGCUGGGUUAGCGCUCGGAACACAGAACAGGUUUACCCCUGAGAUCCUAGGCAUGCAGGCCAGCUCAGCCCUGGUGUGGCUCAUCAUGGAGGUGCUGGUUGUCCUCCUCAGUCUCUACCUGGUCACAGUCAACACAGACCUCACCACCAUCGAUCUUGUGGCCUUCUCUGGAUACAAAUAUGUGGGGAUGAUUGUAGGGGUCGUGGCAGGGUUACUAUUUGGUCGAACGGGAUAUUACCUAACGUUGCUGUGGUGCUGUAUAUCCAUCUUCGUCUUCAUGAUCCGCACGUUGAGACUAAAGCUCCUGUCUGAGGCAGCAGCCCAAGGCGUGUUGGUUCACGGGGCCAGGAACCAGCUGAGGAUGUACCUGACCAUGUCCAUCGCAGCCGCCCAGCCCAUAUUCAUGUACUGGUUGACCUAUCACCUGGUCAGGUAAGACCACGAGCUGACCAGGAGUGUUUCAUCUGACAAGACCCUACCUCUCUAUGGAAAGAUAAGACUGUUCACUGACCAUCAUCUCUCCCCACCAUUCGCUGCAGAGGUGUGGGACACAUGCAUGGAUAAAUAAAACCACACACAAAUGGCAUUGUAGAAUUAGCAUUGCCAAGUCUCACAGUACAAGUGUGACAGUAGUGUUGACCUGUCUUUUGUAUUGUUUUUUUAUGUAAUUGUCUAAGAAGGAUGAUUGACUGGCUUGCCAUGUUUUGUAUACUGUAAUUAGUUAGUUAUGUUUUCUAAGUAUUUGUGAACAUAUGGUUGUAUAUUAGCAAUCUAGCUGGGUCCUCAAUCGCAAAAGCUUUGACUGAGCCAAGGAUGGAAGCACAGUUAAGGCAAAAUCAUAGCCUACGUAAGUAGGCAACGCAAGAACGAUAUUAGCUACGUAAAAUGGCUGUCCUGCAGAAUUGCAUUGCAGAAUUUACAGCCCAAAAUGUGUAAUUUGUCACAACUACGCAGGGAAGCCAUUUCAUGUGGCUAAUGUGUUCUUGCAUCACAUACUUACGUUGACUAAAAGGCUUUAACAUAAUUUGCCUGCGCCGUCCAGUGAGCACAAAAAAAGCGCUCUUAAUGUCCUUAAUCAUAGGACGAUGUAUGUAAACAGAUUUGUGGAUGUGUGUUUGUAAAUACAAAAAAGGCUUUUUGUACAUGUCUGGUGUCUUGAUGCCACGAACUGAAGCCUAAUCAAAGGCUUUCUAUCAUGUAACAAAGUCAUUAAGUGAUCUUAAAUUACAGCUGAUGCUUUUUUAAACAAGCUUGACAAAAAUACAUGAGCAUAUGACACUGUAAUUGAUUUUCAGGUUUCAAACUGGAAAAAUAUUUAAUGGUUUAGAUGUUCAAUUACUA